AUGAAUCACGACCAAAAGAAUCACGAGUCCACGACUUCCACCAGCGCCGUGGCCUCGUGUCUGAAAAGCACGGGUAAAGGUGCCAAGAAACGCCGCGGUGGCGUCCUAGUCGGAGAUGAGGACGCCGAAGCGGAUGAAGACGACGAGGAAGAUGACGAUGAGGGAGGCAGUGGUCGACCUCCUGCGCCUCUCCAUUCCAGCCCCACUCGACAUUGUCUGCGUCUGCAUUCUUUCUCAAGUGUGGUGAUGCAGACGCUUAGAAGAGCCAUAGAUGAGACUGUCGAAGCGUAA